CGAAGCAACCGAAAAAUGAGGAAGUUCUCGUCGUCCCGUUUCACGGGUCCAUCCCUCCGAGACGCAGAAAAAAAUCUCUUGACGUUCGUAAAAAUGGGCUACGCCAUGAUGAUCCUGACGCUCAUCCUCAUGUUUUGGACUUCGAUGGUCAGGAUGCACGAACUACCCGUUCAGUAUCCACCCUGUUUCUUCAAUCCCUUGUGUACCUGCUCCAAAGCGAUACCGGACCUUGGAAUCGUUGCCUGUGAUAAUGUACCGAUGCCUAGGAUUCCACAGCCCAUCAACUCUUCCAAAGUGUUUAUGCUGCAAUUGGAGAACAACGGACUCCGGCAUUUGCAGCCUCAAUUUCUCAUCAAUACAGGUCUUUACAAGCUACAGAUCAAACAUAAUCCGAUAUCGGAUAUACCGGACGAAGCUUUCCUAGGGCUUGAAAGAUCAUUGUGGGAGCUUGAAUUACCAUACAAUCGACUUACGAGGGUGCCGAGCAAGUCCUUUAGGCACCUACAAAAAUUGAGACUCCUCGAUUUAACUGGAAAUCAGAUAUCGCACGUAGCGUCCGACAGUUGGCGCGGGCUGGAAAAUUCCCUACAAACUUUGAGGAUAGGAAAGAAUGCACUUGAUAAACUUCCGGCGGACGCAUUCGCCGGGCUCAUCUAUCUCGAGUAUCUUGAUCUUCGUGAGAACAGCAUCAAAGAAAUCGAUCCAUCGGUAUUUCGAGAUGGAAUGGCACAUUUGACGCAUCUGUAUUUAAACGAUAACCAGCUGACGGCGAUUCCAUAUUCUCAAAUAUCUUCGCUCAAGCGUAUGAAAGUUCUCGACCUUAGUUACAACAGGAUAGCUAAAGUCAUUCAUCCUCAAAUGGAAGCGGAAAUUCGAGGCCUUCAAAUCUCGUUGGAUAUUUUGCGGCUCGAUUACAAUCACAUCGAUCGACUCUUGCCGGGGUCGUUUCAGCAUUUUUAUAAAGUCAAUAAAACUUAUUUGAACGGCAAUCCUUUGACAAUCGUUGAGGAUGGAACGUUCCGGGAUUCGAGAAUUCGCGAAUUGUACUUCACAGAUUGUGAUUUGUCUGAAAUCAGCUCUCCGGACCUAUCGGGAUUGGAGUCCUCGCUCGAAUUACUCGAUCUUUCUGGAAACAAUAUCACCAGUUUGCCCAAUCAUUUGUUCCAAGAGUUUGACUUUUUGAGGACUUUGAUCUUUCGGGAAAAUCGUAUCGACAGCUUUGCACCAGCCGAAAUAUUCACCGGUUUCCAGUACUCUCUGUACAAUCUCGACUUGAGUGGCAAGAAAAAUGGUAUCAUUUCGCUUCAAGAUUUGAGGCAAAUGAGGAAUUUACGUUUUCUUUCAAUGUCACGAAUGCCGGAGUCGACGCUUUCACCGGACAAUUUCCUCGAGUUUGGAAUAGACGUCAAAGAGCUCCACAUUGUUCAGAGCAAUCUCAACACCAUCAAAAGUCACGCUUUUAUGCACGUUCGGGGGAUAAAGCUGUUGGACUUUUCGGAAAAUUCGAUAACUACGAUCGACGAAGAUGCAUUUUCGGAGGUUGGACAUUCUCUUCUGACACUUCGAAUGUCGAAUGGGUUGGCCACAUCGACGAGCGAAUUGCCCAGCAAGUCAUUCAAGUCGUUGACGAAUCUUCAGCAUCUCGAUUUGAGUAAUAACAAAAUAAAGACAAUGCCAGACACAUCAUUCCACUUUUUGAAACGUAUCAAGCGUCUGGAGUUACAGGAUAACGAAAUUCAGGAGAUCCGCAAAGGAACAUUUCAGGGAGACAUCCAUUCGACCCUGGAGGAUGUGAACAUGGCUUUCAAUCAUCUUGGCAACAUACUAACUCACACAUUCGUCGAUCUGACUUCUCUGACGAGCAUCAACCUCGAGGACAAUAGGAUCGAUAGAAUCGAAAGACGCGCUUUCAUGAAUAUGAACCGGUUGAAGUACAUCAAUUUACGAGGCAACAAAAUUAGGGACAUUACUGAUGAGGCUUUCCAGAAUCUUCCAGAUCUUGAGUUUCUGGAUUUGGCUUACAACGAACUCGAAGAAUUCGAUUUCGCUUCGUUCGAUCAAGUCGGCACUUUGGCCUCGUUCAAGGUGAAUGUAAGCCACAACAGCAUACCGAAACUGUGGAUCAACAGCACAACUAUGACACCUGCGACUAGCAUUGGUGGUAAUCUACAGUCAAACAUCAAAGUAUUGGACAUGAGUCACAACAACAUCAGCGACAUAAUGAGGUAUUAUUUCCGGCCAGUGGAGUAUUCCUUAACGCAUCUGUAUCUUGCUCAUAACGAAAUAGCGAAUGUAACUCAGGGAGUAUUUGGAAACAUGCCACAUUUGCAGUGGCUCGAUUUCCGUUACAACGAUCUCGUCGAGAUCGAUUUCGAUUGUUUUCGAAACACGAAAAAUCUUCAAGUCCUGUUGCUCUCGCACAACAAUAUAAUGGACAUUCCAGCGGAAGUCCUGAGGCCUCUGAAAAAACUUCGAAUCCUCGAUUUGUCCUGGAACAAACUGCGAACUUUACCAGACAAUUUGUUCACCGAGGCGACAAUCGAAAGUCUCGAUUUGUCGCACAACCAAUUUAUGCGCUUGCCUGCAAAAGCCAUGUCGCCUGCUGCUGCAGGUUGGCUAUCGACACUCGACAUGUCUUGGAAUUUGUUGUCCGGCAUUCACAACACAGAUGCCAUUUCCAAGCUCCACAGUCUUUCGUGGCUCGAUCUUUCUUACAAUCGUCUCGUGAGACUCGACGAUGCGAUAUUUUCGGAACUCGAUCAUUUGAAUCACCUCGAUCUCAGUCAUAACAAACAAUUGAUCCUGGAAUCGCGAGGCAGAACUUUCAACGGAUUAGAAGAUUCUCUACUGUUUUUGGGACUCAGCAAUAUUUCGCUUCUAAGCGUGCCUGAAUUGCCGUUCCGGUAUUUGAGAACGUUGUACCUCGCCCACAACGAAUUGGCAUCGAUACCCGCUGAAAUGGCCUCGAAUUUGAGCACUCUCCAUCAUCUCGAUCUUAGCCACAACGAUUUAACUGUUGUCCCGCUCAUUACUCACACGCUUCCUGAAUUAAAAACUUUCGAUAUUGGUUAUAAUCCAAUCACAGCCAUCACCAACACGAGUUUCCUUGGCUUGGCCGAUAGUCUUGAAGAACUCGAUAUCCGAAGACUCUCGUUAUCCACCUUCGAGGCUGGUGCUCUUUGUAAAGCUUCGAAGCUCAAAACGCUCCUCGUGACUGCUUACACCGGGGUUAAAAAUUUCAAUUUGCCUAAUAUUUUGGAGUACAAUCACGGUUUAAAGAAUCUUUACAUUGACGUCGACAAUGAAACCAAUUUGGAAAAGGAAAUGAAGGGAAAGUUCCCUGCGAAGCUUUACAACUUCACUUUGAGUGGAAGAAAUCUUCGUUCGCUAGACAAAGAUAUUCUGCGGGGCAUGCGGAAUCCACAUCUUCACUUCGCCCUUCACAAUACAAGCGUAGCGACCGUACCAAGAGAGAUUUUCGACCACGCUAAUUGGGUUAGGAACGUCACGGUCGAUUUGCAUAACAACGACUUAAAAACUCUGCAGAAUCCUUCUUCAGGUCACAAGCCAGGAAUGCCGGACAAAAGAUUUUUACUCCGGCUCAGAAUGGUUGGAAGUUACGUGACUUGUGACUGUGACAUGGGGUGGAUCGAGGUUUGGCAACGAAAGCAUCGACAAUAUCAGGAGGAUCGAUGUACGACGUACGGUUUUUACAACAAUUACGAGCGCGAUGAAGGAGGAGAAUACAGUUGUUGGGAUAACGGCUGGGACGAUGAUUUGCGAGAGACUUUCUGUCUGAACAAGAAUAACAUGUCGCUGGCAAAAGCUCUCAAGUCUGACAUUGAGUGCGGUUGGGGUGCAGCGAGCUCUAUCCAUUUAUCGAGCAUCCUCGUUUUCUUCGUCGUCACAGUACUCACUACGAACAUCUACUAAACAAUGAAUUUUUCAAAGUUUUUUUCCUUUUGAACCAUCGUAUUAUCAAGCAUAUAUUUCAGCAGCAAUAACAACGCUAAUUGUUCAGCAUUCGUCGAUGGAAUCGCAGACCAUGACAGAUAAUUUUUUCCUGUAACAAAAGUAUUCACUGCAAAAGCAGGUAUAUUUUGGGUGAAAAAAUAAUUUGCAACUUUUUCCUCUCUUCUUGCUCAACAACGUUUAACUCUUGCUCCGCAAUAGUUAAAAUCGAUCGACAAUCACAUUUGAUUAUUGCUGCAUCCAAAUUCAAUCGAUCUUAUUUGGUAAGCGUGUGGUUUCAUAAGACUUUGUAUGUAAUGCAGCGAAACAUUUGAUUAUUGUGGCUUCGCAACGAGUUGGUCGAAAAGUUUUUCAGAGUUAAAACUUUUUGAAAUCAUUUUGACUUUUCGAGCUGCUUCACAUGUGCCAUGAGUUUUAUUUUCAUUUUUAUUUGUACAACGGAUUUGGAAAAUCUGUUUUUUUUUUAGAUAUCGUCAAAAUUAUUCAAAUAAAAUAACCACCCGAUUGCAUUUUAUAUUUUAUUUAUUUUUGACUAAAGAAACUGCAUCCAAGAAUCAAGCUCCAUGAAAAUAAUGCAAAAAAUUCUCUUCGAAGUAACAAUUCAAGGUUACGAACAAGUCGGAACACUUUUUCUACUUUGUCUUAUAAAAAAUUCAAGAAUCAAUCAUUUUAAAAACAUUUACUUUCUGCAAAUUCAAGAUAAACAAGUUUCGUGAACAAAAACAUAUUUAUUUGAACUCGUACAUGGACUUUUUAAAAAUGUUAUUAUUUUUGAAACUAAUAAAAAUUAAGAAAUCAAUACACUA